AGCAAAAUGGCUUCCUACGAAAGACAUAAAAAAACAAAAACAAAAACAAAAACAAAAACAAAAAUCAGAAACUGCAGAGAAACACAACCCUCAAGCCCCAGCUCUCCUUCAAAACCUAAAACAUUCUCUGGUCUUUGUUGGUAAGUACUACUUUUCUCAAAACCCUAAUUCCAAAUAUACCCUAAUUCUCUUUCUACAUGUACUACAUUCCAUAGGAGUGUAUAGGAAAUCAAACCUAAAUUGAAGAAGCAUUUGAAGGGUUAAGAGUUGUUGGUGAAGGGGAGCAAAAGAAAAAGAGGUUGGUGCUGUGAAGGGAAGAUGAGGAGAAAGCAAGAAGACAAAGAUGAGGUGGAGCAGAGGAGUGUAUGUAAGCAUGGUGGUGGAGAUGGAGUGGCAUGGUUUAGAGGUGCGAUGAUAGGGAAAGGAGGUUUUGGGUCUGUUUAUUUGGCGAAUUUGAAGAAACCCAAAUCGAAAUACGGUUGUUUUCCGGCAAUUAUGGCUGUGAAAUCGGCUGAGGUCUCUGUUUCGGGUUCAAUCCAGAAGGAGAGAGAGGUUUUGAGUAACAUUGGGCAGUGCCCUUAUAUAAUUCGAUGUUUUGGGGAUGAGAUCACGAUGGGUUUGACUGGCGAAAUGGUGUUUAAUUUGUUGUUGGAGUAUGGUUCUGGUGGAACCCUAGCUGAUUUGAUCAAGAAAUCAGGUGGGUCUGGAUUGCUUGAAUCUGAUGUGAGGUACUAUACUAGGUCUAUUCUUCGUGGGUUGAUUCACAUUCAUGAUUGUGGUUAUGUUCAUUGUGAUUUGAAGCCUGAAAAUAUACUAAUUGUGUCUAAAACCACUGGUACUGCUACCAAACUUAGGGUUAAGAUUGGUGAUUUUGGGUUGGCAAAGAGGGCUACACAGAAUAAGAAAAGGAAAUUGGAUCCUUACUUGAGAGGCACUCCUAUGUAUCUUUCGCCUGAAGCGGUGGUUGAUAAUAUUCAAGAGCCUCCCUCUGAUAUAUGGGCUCUUGGGUGUAUUGUUCUUGAGAUGCUAACCGGGAAGCCUCCGUGGGAUGGGAAGCAAGAUUUGGGUGCUGAGGUUUUUCUACAGCAGAUUGGUGAAAGUCAUGAAUCGCCUAAAGUCCCGAGCACAAUAUCAAAAGAGGGUAAGGAGUUUUUGAAGGGUUGUUUUGCUAGGAAGUCCAUGUAUAGAUUGACGGCUGAAAUGCUCUUGAAUCACUCAUUUGUAGAAGGAUUAGCUGAUGAUGAUGAUGAUGAUGAUGAUGGAGAAGUUGAAGAUGAGGUUGGCUUGUCAUUGAUGUUAUAUGAGACUGAUAACGAGUGCAUUUAUUCGGAUUCCUCCUUUUCAGAUGAUUGUAGUUUCGUAUCGGAUGAUGAAUUCUUCCUUUCUUCUUGGUCAGAAGAGGAAGAUGAGAUUAACAGUGCAGAGUUUUCUAGUUUUGCCAAAGAAAAAAAAUUGGAAGGUUAAGAAAGAGGAAACACUACAAGCUCCAUCAUAGCUCCUGUACUCGAUGAUGAAAUUAAUACGUCAAAGCAGGUUUCAACAAACACAAUCCAGCAGUGCCCCAUUAAUUUUACC